AUGUGUGAUUUUCGAACUUAUUCGCAUGAACUGCUAACCGAAUUUAUAGAAGCUUUCCGAAAUAACCCUUGUCUUUGGAAAAUUAGAAGCAACGACUACAAAGACAAAAAUUUGAAGCUUCAAGCAUACAAUAAUUUAUUAGAAAUUAUACGGAAGGUAGAAAGAGAUGCUACGAUUGAGAACGUCAAGAAAAAAAUUAAUUCAUUAAGGGCUGGGUUCCGAAAAGAACAUAAAAAAGUGCAAGAUAGCAAGAAGACAGGUUCAGGAACUGACCAGGUAUACGUGCCAAAAUUAUGGUAUUACAGUCAGCUUGAAUUUCUCAAAGAUCAAGGCCAAGGUGAACAAUCAACUGACAAUAUAGACAGCAGCGAACAGGAGACAGCUAAUGAUAAUGAAAAUACAUUUGAUGCUGAACAUAGUGAAAAUGAUACCCAGAGUACCAUUUGCAACGUGUCAUCACCUGUGACAUCUGCAACAUCUGUUGCUUCAUCUGCACGUCGUAAGCGACACGGCAAUGCCGCCAUUGAAGACACAAUAUCGUUAAUAGGUGUUUUCAAAGACUCUACAAUGACUGACCGUCACGUCUUUACGAGUCAAAAUAACCAUGCGAGACUUGAAGAAGCCCUUGAAUCUAUAGUAGCUGAUGAAAAUGAUGAUGCGCAGUACGUCGUUUUAUUGCCACCAGAUCCAGCUAUUAUUAGUGAUGAAAAAGAAGGUAAUGAAGAUGACUUGUCUUCUACAACUUUCCCGACGUACCGGGUACAGUUGAGGUAG